AUGCCGGUUCUACAAAUGGAGCUGAUGCAAGGGGAGCACGAGGACGAGGAGAGCUUCGACACGUCGCCGCAGGACGCAGAGCCGGCUGAGCCGGUGGAGUCGACAGCAUUUCUGCAGCGACCGAAGAUGAGGCCUUGUUUGGUUGAGUUUAUGAUGCUGACGCCAAGACGCCGCUUUGGGCUUGGAGUCAUCCUGUGUGGAUUGAGCUUCGCACUCCUUGCGGUCAUCUUGACUGGAUCGAUUCCUCCCUUCAGCCAGCCCCGCCACCGCGCGCAUGCUGGAAAAUUCCGCUUGAGCCUGUGGUCCGGGGAGGGAUCUUGUCGCAGCAUGGGCUGCGAGAGUGACAACUACGUGGGUAGCUGCCAGUGUAACGAUGGGUGCACUUAUUUUGACGACUGCUGCCCCGACUACCAGGAAGUUUGCACAUCGGCUGGGCAGUACGAACCUCCGGAACCCCGUGGUUCCUGCCAGUCCAUGGGUUGUGGCAGUGAUUCCCUGGGCUGUACAAUGGCCAACUGUGAGAACGUUUGCCGCCCGUCUUGGCUUCAGCACCGAAUUUUUUUCAGGAAGGCCUGUGCUGAAGGGAACCCAGGUGGCAACGUUGGGGGUGCAGGGUUGUCUGGAACAGAGCUUGUCUUAGACAUGACAUCGCAUACCGUCAUAUCAUAG